CAUUGACCACGCCGCGGAGGACCUCGACCGGUGAGCAGCAUGCGCACCGAAAGCUCAAACUGCGCCCGUCGCUUCUCGGCUAUCCCACUUCAAGCUAACAACGCCGCUUUGACAAUGUCCGCAGGCAAAUAGAGGACCUGGAUUUCGUGGUGUACACGUACGAUGGCUACGGGCGCGAGUUCAUGAAGUCCUGCCGCACCAGCCCCGAUGUCUACAUACAGCUAGCGCUCCAGUAUACAUACUUCAAGUUGCACGGGCGGUUGGUGUCGACGUACGAGUCAGCGUCGCUGCGGCGCUUCCGCGGAGGCCGCGUCGACAACAUCCGGUCGGCCCAUGCAGCCGCGCGCGCCUGGGUACAGGCCAUGUGCCAGCCGCCGGCCCGCGAACACCCCGCGCCCGAGCCCGACCCAGCCCGCAAGGUCUCCUUCGACCUACACGGGGAGCAAAAGAAGCUGCAGCUAUUCGAAGAGGCGGCGCGCAAGCAGACGGCCGUUAUGGAGGACAAUAUCCUCGGCCGCGGUAUCGACAAUCACCUGCUCGGAUUGCGCGAGGCGGCGCGCGAAGCCGGGGCCGGCGCCCUGCCACCGCUCUUUACCGAUCCCACCUACAAGCAGAUGAUGGAGUUCAAGCUCAGCACCAGCCAGGUGGCGACGACGACGGAGGGCACAUGCAUGGGGUACGGCGCGGUGGUGCCCGACGGCUACGGUUGCAGCUACAACCCCAAGAAAGACAGCGUCAUCUUCUGCAUCGCGUCGUUUCGCUCAUCGCGUGAAACCAGCACAGCGGGUUUCCGGCGCGCGCUGCAGGAGGCGCUCGACGACAUGCGUCGCAUGUUCCUCGACGCGAGCCCCCGCCACUAGGCCACGCUGCCUUCGCUUAUACUAUUGUACACUCCGUUCUAUUGUAUUUACAUUUAUAAAAAAUAUAUUACAAACUCGAAACGUAAACAUAUCAACAAUUUUAGGAGUUUAAAAAUAUUUCGCUAUGGCGUCUUAGUAAUUAAAGAGAGAUCGUCUCUGCGGCCGCGCGGACUAAGCGGCCGGCGGCGGCGCGCCUCGUGCAAGAUGAUUUCUUUAUACCAAAGGCUUAUACUCUUAUACUACAUACCGUCUAUACACAUAUCAGUAGAAUUAAGCAAAUCUAUUAACUGUUAUUAUACCUAUACAUUUACUUAGUUAUAGAAUUUCGUUAUUGUUAGUCAAUUCUAGGUGUUACGUUUACACUCAUAUUUAAUACUAUGGUCAGUACUUCCAUACGAGUACUGCGAUAUGCAUGUCUUUAUAUUUAUCUUAAUAUAAAAAGAAAAUUAUUUGGCCAAAAAGUUAGACAAAUACUGGCCAUCGUUGUAUGUAGCUGUAGUCGCAAUGUGUCGUUUCGUC